AUGUCUUCGCGGCCGUCGUCCAGCACAUCCAAGGAUAUGCCGUUGGCCUCGGCUCCAGGCUCAGCUCUGCGACGAUCUUUCACCCUCCCUUCGAGACUCGCCAACCCGAAGACAGUCCCACAACAGGUUGAGAUUGGUUCCGCCGAUGGCAUCGAGACGCUGUUUGUCCACCCCUCGGCCAAGAUUGUAUCCUUCAGCACAGCGUCAUCUCUGAAAUCGCGACCCAACUCGAGAUCGAGCAUUGCCAGCUACGAUGGAGAGGGUGAUGCGUCCACAUCCUUGCUGUGGACCUCACCCACUGAGAGGACCAUGGCUGCAGGACCACUAGAAAUCUACCGCGUACCUGGAUCCGUCGCCUUUCUACAUUCUGGCAGCUUGCUACACGCUAUCCUCCCACGUUCGCAGUGUUGGUGUGUCGACGGUGUCUCAAAGUUCGCCAUGCGCGUCCUGCCCAAUACCUACUACCGAAUCGAGUUACCCGGAACCACCCAGGAGGACAUGGAAUACGUUGAGCAGCUCAAGAAGACACUAGCCAAAGUCUUGUACUACGAGAGAACAGCUUGUCCCUUCCAGAGAGGCUUCGGUGAGGACCUGCCAGAAAUGCCCAGCAGAAACUCGCGGAGACUGUCGAGAGAAUACAUCGAGCCUGCAAAACGCUGGAGACUUGACAAGGUCUGGAGGCCAGAGGGUGCCGAACUCGAAGAGCCGCAGCUCUUGCACCCCAACAGAAGCAAAUCGAGAUCUACGUCGAGAUCAGACACCGAACGCUCAGAAUGCGAGGACAGCGCAAAGACAGAGGGCGCAAAGUCAGAGGAAGAGAGUGGAAAAGAACAGGACACAAGGCCGGCCAGCAGAGGAGAUAAGGCACCACAACUAUCCGGGCCGUUCCCAUCCAAAAAGCUGGCGGCCAUGCGGUCGGUUACUGCCCCUCCGCAGUUGAGCCUCGAAUCGUCACCUCCAUCCAAAGUCAACAAGGUUCGUAAGAUGGCUGGUGUUUUUGACCAGACUGCUCGCGACACUGCGCCACGUCUUGCACGUCCACUUUCAUCCGCUCUUGUUCCACGACUACCGUCUACACCCGAGUCACCUCUCUACUCCCCUGACUACCAUAUUCAUGAGGACAUUACGAGCGAUGCACAACCAAAUCCGACUUCAAUCAGACCUGUCACCGUCAUAAUAGACGAAAACAAGGACCCUAGCCUCAGGGAACCUCUGAUCGUCGUCGAGCAAAUAGGUGAUGAAACUGACCUCAGCACGGCCGAAGACUCAACUCACUCCAUCCUCCCGAAGGAAGCCGAUGCCACAAUCAUCGAGACGCCCUUACCAGAAGAACCGCAAGAACAGGCAGUUGCAGGAGCCCCUAGUCCGACAGAAGAGGAAAAGGACGAGAGCACACCAACCAUCAGCCAAUUCCAACAACCAACACUACCAAACUCCACCAUAGAAACACCACCAACCCACAACCCGACAACAUCACCAUCUAUGUCCACAACCGAAACCACAUGCACAACCCUCACAGCUUCCUCCCCAGCUCUCUCCACAACCUCUCUCUCAACAGCAACAUCCUGGUCCACCCUCCCCGUCCUCACCCCCUCAGAAGCAACAGACCUCCUCCGCCAACGCCGCACCCCCUCCUCCCGCUCACCCUCUCCCUCCCCCUCUACACCCCACCCACAAACCCAAACACCACCAACAAAACCCACCACUCCAUCCUCCACAGCCCUGACGACAAAAACCUCUCCCGGCCUCCUCGUCCGCAAAACUUGCGCUUUGUUCCUGGGUCCCCCGGCAAAUCUUGUAGCCACCAUGCUCAGGAUCGCUGCUAGAUUGGUCGCUAGUGGUGCGUUGAAUCUGGCCGAACCGGCUUUCCACGACAUGUUUGCUGCUGCUGGUGGCGGUGCUGCGGCUGCUGCGACUGCGGCGGGCAAGUUGAGGGGGCAUAGGAGGGUGCCGGGGAGUUGGGAUUUGAGUGAUGAUGACGAGGAUUGGGGGUUCUGA